AGACGAUGGACAAAAUUGUGGAUCCCAAUCUCCCAAGUUUGAAGAAUUUCGGGGAAACCUCCAAAGUCAAACGACCUGGACCAAGGUUAAAGGGAAAUUUUUGGGAAAUAGUUGAGGAUUUUCUCAGACCUGGGGAAAAUUUGAGGUUUCGGUGCCAUUCUCCCGAAAUUUCCUCAAAGUUCACUAUAGCGGCUUCCCCAAAAUUCACCGAAAGUUGUUCAAACGUUUCCCAGAUUUGGGAGCUCGGGAUGGUCUGCGUUAUCUGUGUUAUUAUGAUUUACUUGGACGCCUUAAACUAUAUACAUUAGUAUUGAUUCAUUAUAUCAUAAAUAUUAAGUUCGUUUAUUAUUUUCUCUACCUUUUUCCUACCUACGACCAAUUAUUUGAGAGGGAUUCUCAAAACGUUUAGGAACAACGAAUGAUUUACGUCUUACGUUUCUAUUUCGACAAGAGGUCCUGGAUUACUGGGAUUCUCCACUAGAAUACGUACUAUCAAUACCUAUGUUUGAUAAGAAAAAAUAAGAUCAACUCAUCACAAUAUUACAAAGGGCAAGGAUUAACAUAAGCCACCUGACCUUGUAUUUUCACAAUUGAAUAUAAAUGUAAAAUUUUAGACGUUUCGAACUUCAUGUUUGAAUUUAAAUUCUAUGAGAACAGUGAUGACAAAGAAUUCAAGCGACAUGACACUGUGACGUAUUCUAACUUAGUUCAAUCAUUCACUUUAAGUGAUGGUUACAGAGAUGUUUUAAAUUUGCGCACAGAUUUUCAUGCAAUCGCAAACGGUUCAAAACUGUGGUACAUUGCUGAAUCUGUUCUCGAUGAUUAUCUACGCAAACUGCCCAAAAGUGAACUCAAUGUAUUCGACGCUGUUCACGCACGUGAGGAUGUCAAACCUGGCUUCAUUGAAGGUGGUUUUACUCUGUGGGAUGGCAGCAAGGAUCUCGUCGAUUACAUAUCAAAAUAUUUAUCGGAAAGAAUGUGUGAAAAAAACGUCUUAGAACUAGGUUGUGGUUGUGGACUACCAGGUAUAUUCGCUAUCAAGGCUGGUGCCCGCUUAGUUAGGUUCCAAGAUUACAAUUCCGAAGUUUUAAAGUGCUGGACUAUUCCUAACAUCAUCAUUAAUUCAGGAUCUCAAAAUGAUGCUGAUAGCCACAAUGAACACACUCAGUUGGAAUUCUACAGCGGGGACUGGUUUCAUCUUUCAAAGCUUUGGCAGUCAAGCGCCAAUGUGAAGUUUGACUAUAUCUUUACUAGUGAAACAAUUUACCGCACAGACCUAUAUGAAAGAUUGCACAACAUACUUGAAACUAGUCUAUGUCAAUCUGGGAUCGUUUUGUUAGCUUGUAAAGCUUCUUACGGACCUGGAGGUAACAUUUUUGACUGGUUAACUUAUGUCGAGAAUUUAGGCGUGUUUCAGACAACUACUUUCAAAUUGACAACUUCUGGGGUAAUGCGAUACAUCGUGAAAAUGAUCAGAGCUUAAUUUGUUUCGAUCAACUUGUUUUGUAUAUUCUUUUUGUUCCGACUUGAUAAAUAAGAUAACAGUUGACCGU